AAUUACACAGGUGUUGCAGUCGGAUUAUGCAAACUCUCCUGCUGCAUGCAGUGACAGGCUUUAGGAAUCAGGUGAAUGACAGAGUUUUAUCUCUAACAGAUUAACUCUUAUCACGCUUUUACUCUUGGGACAUAAUUUAAUCAGAUGCUUCAGGAUUUCAAAGUGCUCAGAUUCACUUUUGAGUGCCAAAUUGCACAUUUGCCGCUAAAAAACAGUAUUAUGAGACGCUCAAGCACGGAUGAGACGCCGUACCGGCGCAGUCCGUCUCUGGACAGCAAACCCGACACACCGACCUUCACCUCUGGCUUCCAUCGCUUCAGUGGGGAGUUUGAGUACAAGCGGCCGCCGUUUGCGUUUGGUUUCACCACCACAAAGGGGCCUCAGACAACCAAGGGCCGUUGCACUCAGGGAAAGAAGUAUGUGGUGUUUUACCUGGACCUCUCCUUCAUAUUCCUCCUAGAACUGCGACGCUGCAGGAUGGCUGAAGGUUGUAUGAUGGCCCUGCGUUACGGGAUGGUCUUCUUCAAUCUCCUGUUCUGGUUGGGAGGAUGUGGCAUACUUGGGGUGGGGGUGUGGCUCUCAGUGACCCAGGGCAACUUUGCCACCUUGUCCGCAUCCCUUCCCUCAUUGUCGGCGGCCAACCUGCUGAUCGCGUUGGGAACCAUCAUCAUGGUGAUCGGCUGCCUGGGCUGUGUGGGGGCUGUCAAAGAAAGCCGCCCUCUUCUGCUUGCAUUUUUUAUCCUUCUUCUGCUCGUCUUCUUCCUGGAGAUCAUAUUUAUUAUGCUCUUCUUCAUCUACCAAGACAAGAUCGACCACUACGCCCAGAGAGAUUUGAAAAAGGGUCUGCAGCUUUUUGGUACAGAGGGCAACGUGGGUCUGACCAACGCCUGGAUGAUCGUUCAAACCGAUUUCCGCUGCUGCGGAGUGACCAACCACACGGACUGGUUUGAAGUCUACAAUGCUUCCCGGGUGCCUGACUCUUGCUGCCUGGAGUACAGCGACAACUGCGGACUGGACAACCCGGGAACAUGGUGGACAGCGCCGUGCUACGAGCGGGUGAAGGACUGGCUUAAUGAGAACCUGGUGGCCCUUUGGAUCUUUGCUCUAUGCACAGCACUUACUCAGAUUCUGGGCCUGGUAUUCUCCAUGACAAUGUUCUGUCAGGCAGUCAAAGUCGAAACCUACUACGCUUAACGUUCAACCCUGAUGUCCUUGAGCCCAUCUGCAAUGUCCGUGCCCCGAAGAGGGAUGGAUGCAGCUCUCCUCCUCCCCGACGCAUACUCUUUACUCGUUCUGACCUUUUCCCUCGGGUGACGUUUCUUCUGGGAUGUUCUCACUUCACAUCUGACCUGCUCACUUUCAAACAAGCGCGGUCUCAGUGUAAUACCUGUCCUCUGAUUUGCUACGUGUCAAAUAUUACUUUCUGUGAUGCAUUUUAGCAAGUACGUAGUAUAAUGAAGAUGUGUUAUGCAGUCAUGUUUUUGUUUUAAAUUAUUUUGUGUUUUUAUGUUUGCAAAAGGAGAGGCUCAAGAUAGGAAAGGGCACUUUUGAAGUGCUGCAAGUGCAUGUCCCCUGAGAUGGUGUGUAUUAAAUGUUUUGAUCUACUGAGCA